GCAAAGCAUACUAAGUAGGUAACUCACGGAACCUAUGUACAGUCACCAGCUCCCAGCCACGUUGGAUAUUAAACAUAAGCCACACCGCUGUCUUAAUUCUCCACAAUCCCAUUACUCAACGGCAACAUCGCGGAAUAUGGUUGAGCUUCGAAAGCGCAAAGCGCCAACUCAAUUGCCUGUGGCAGAGAAAAGGGCCAGAAAAGGCCAACGAUCAACCGCUGUACCAAAAGGCGUGCCUCGGGAGAAAGGGUCAUCCACGGUCUCAGGAGAAGUUCCCAAAGUUGGCAACAAAAUUACUUUGGAUGGUUUUGGUGGAGAGAUUGAAACAAACGAUGGCAUAAAAACAACACUUAGUGAAUUGGUCGAUGGGAGCAAAUCAGGUGUGGUGCUCUUUACAUACCCUAGAGCCUCAACCCCCGGCUGUACAAAGCAAGCCUGUAUGUUUCGCGACAACUAUGACUAUCUGACUUCGACCGGGUUCUCCAUUUAUGGACUGUCCACGGAUUCGCCAAGGGCAAACACUACCUUCAAGACCAAACAAAGUCUACCCUAUUCUCUUCUCUGCGAUACUGCAUCCUCACUGAUUGCGGCUCUGGGGUUCAAAAAGACACCCAAAGGAACAACAAGGGGCAUUUUCGCUGUAGAUAAGGAAGGCACGGUUCUGCUGCUGCAGCCUGGUGGUCCCGAUGCCACGGUGGAGGCCAUUCGGCAAUUGAUUGCAAGGAACUCCAGUGGUAACGAUUCCGAGUCAGGUAUCUGACAGCUUCAGUCACCAGUCAGGCAACCAGAAGGACAGCGACCAUAGGAGUAGAACUACUUGUGGUUUUUGUCUCCUUCGAAAUAGCUCUCUACCAAAUGACUGCGGUUACAGCCGAGUCUAUAUCAUUCGUUUCUAAUAAACAAAGUAUGUAAAGCAUUGUGUCUGGUCAGUACUCCGCAGUAAUGUUUCUCAACGUUAGCCUGUUCAGAAACGCUUGGCAAGCGGC